AUGGAGAUUAGUCACAUUGAAGACGGAACACUGGAACCCAAAGGGAAGUGGUUUUCUGAAGAACGCCCUGAAUGCCCUGAAGCUGGACCACAAAGCCCCGCCCACCAACCUCUGGUCUUUAAUAGGAGAACAUGGGACAUCAGAUCUUCAGUGUCUCUGCAGUGGAAACUAAACAUCAUCAUGGGCAACUGCGAGACAUCCCAAUUCACCGCCAUUUACGGAGGAAAUACAAUCUACGGUCAUGGAAACAUUGCCAUCGUCAACUACAACACGACCAUCAACCUUCGUUUGAGGAGAUCCGCCGGCUUCUGUCCUCCAUCCAAUGAGGAGUUCUCGGUGCAGACCCUGGACACCUGUCUGCUGGACUACCUGUCCACCGUGCGCUCCCUGGAGGACGCCAACGCCGAGCUGGAGCUGAAGAUCAGGCAGUGGGUGGAGAGCAGUGGAGACUCCGCCUCCAGAGACUACACCACCUGCUUCCAAACCAUCUCCAUCAUCAGGUCCAAGAUCCAGACCGCCGUCCAGGUGUACGGAUCCAUGGGUGACGCCCAGACGGCUGAUGAACCCCUCAAGAACAAGAGUGAGAAGGAGCCGGCGGCGCUGCAGUCGCUGGAGGCCGACGUCGCCGAACUGAAGAUGAUCCUGGACCAGCUGACACAGACCAGAUCCGACAUGAAGACGCAGAUCCAGGGUCUGGAGGAGGAGCUGAAGAUCCUCAAGAAGAACAACCAGGAGGUGGACCUCACCAAGGCCAUGGCCCAGAACGCACAACUCCACGACACCAUCUACUCCAAAAACCAGAAGGACCUGGAGGCCUUCCAGGCCAAGACCCAGGUUCUGAAGAACAAGGUGGUGGUCGGCAUCCGGACCCUGCAGACAUCUGGGUCUGAAGUCACCCAGGUCCAGUCUACUCUGCAGUCUCUGGAGACCCAACUGCAGUCCACCUUGGACACGGAAGUGUUGGAGGGAACUCUGGCUGAAACCCUGAGCCAGUACGGGGGGCAGCUCAGCGGAUACCUGACCCAGGUGACCACUCUGGAGGAGCAGCUGGUCCAGCUCAGGUUGGACCUGGAUCUUCAGGACUACGAGUACAAGAAGCUGCUGGACACCAACAUCCAUCUGGAGUCGGAGGUCGCCGAGUACAAAAGGCUUCAGGGCUGAAACAGCGUCUGCAGCGCCACAGAGACCCAGGAGGAGGUGGUCUACGGGUAGGUGGUCUCCUCCACCGCCUCCACGCCCACUACCGGCACCGACAGCCAAUCAGCGGCGGCAUCUGAGUCACAUGACCUGUGACACAACCAAUAACCUGAGAGUCAAUAAAUGGGUCCAUAAA